CUGACCACCGACCGAAAACCGAAAGGCAAGGCAAGUAAACAGAAAAACAUUGACAACAAUAGUAAUAAAUAUGCUUAUAAUAAUUAUGUAUGUUGCGUAAUUUAUAUGUUAAUUUGAUUCCCAUCGAAAUGUUCCAAAAAUGUUUUAAUUAUAUUGAGAAGUAAGCAGUAAGCACGAUGGAUUCAGUUAGCAAGAAGUUCAUCACCGAAAUGUUUUUGGACAGCGACAGUGUUAUAUCUAUAAACAGGCUAGUGGUUGCGGUUGCGAAAGUAGUGAACGAAAACUGUGAAAACAUUUCAACUAUUAAUGAAAUUUUUCAAAAAGAAUAUGAUCAAGGAUUGCUUCCCAACGACACGAACCAGAAAAAGGCUCAAUAUGGUCUUCCGGUCUUACGCACAUCGAAGAACUUUUAUGAAGAAAGUGUUGUACAUUUUACUAAUGAUGACUAUGUGGAAUUGUUCAAAAUGAAAAAAAGCACAGUGGAGGCUCUUAUCAACUUUUUGAAAGACUUCAUAAAGAUAGGAAGCAUUGUACCAUUGGAUAAAAAAGUUCAUGUCUUUCUUUGGCUGUUGAUCAACUCAUCAUCAUGCAGUGAAGUUGGCCACCUGUUCAACCUUCAUAAAUCAACAGUGAAUGUGAUAUUCCAUGAAAUUGCUACACUGUUAACUGAGCAAAGAUAUAAUUUUAUCAGCUGGCCAUCAAUAGAAGAGCAGCAUCUCACAAGGGCGAAAGUUAAUAAUAGAUUCAAUUUUCCAAAUUGUGUGGGUUUCAUUGACGCUUGCAGAUUAAAGGUAUCGUCUAUAAGAAAUAAAAAAUCGAAACCUGAAAUAGUACUUCUUCAGGCAGUCUGUGAUGAGUCACUCAUGUUUAUAGAUAUCCAUGCGAGUGAAAUUGGAAGAACAAGGAAAGGAAGAGUAUUUAGAGAAAGUAAACUUUCUCAGGAGCUGAAGAAUUUUAUUGAUUUUGAAAAUCACAUACUUGGUGACUCUCAGUAUAAGUUGAGGAAAAAUUUGAUAACACCUUUUUCUAGUGAAGAAUUACUAACCAGUGAAGAGAUGAAGUUCAACGAAGUUCACUGGAAAGCUCGCUCAUAUAUUGGUCAUGCAUUUGAGCUGCUCAAGGAGAGAUUUAGAAAGUUAAAUCACAUUGACAUCAACAAGCCUGAAACUGUUAAAACACUGAUAUAUGCUUCAUGUGUGCUUCAUAACUUUAUUUUACUCCAUGAGGGGUGUCCGGAUUUGAAAGAGGAAGCAAUUGCUUGUAAUGAUGGUGUUGUUAUUGAUACAAAUAUUGUCACAAGUGCAGUCGAAAAGCGACAGUUUCUAUGUAAUUAUAUUAAUUAUUUGGAAAGUACUUAACCCUUUAAUUAACACACUUAUUGUGUGCGGCGCGUCAUUGUAAACUUUGUCAGAAUGCACUAGGGUUGAUAUUGGACUGUAGCUGCGCGCGUCAGUUGACGUGUUUGGCAAUCAAAUGGUUAAAUCAGUGACAAUGGUGUGGUAUAACUAUCUAUGUAAAUAGAUACAAAAUAAAUGAAUAUUUCUGUA